AGUAAAUUCAUUUGUAGACGCGCAGGAGGCUACCUUCAAGCCAAGCCAGAGCUGCGCUUCUACGCCAACAAUUACUGCCUGAGGGCACAGCAGGAGUUUCUGCUGCAUCUUUGCUUCUAACUUGCUGUUUUCCCUCCAUUCUGCCUUCUCCUCCAUCUGCUACUUCUUGUUGCUCUUCACUUUUCUUCACUUUCUCUCGUGAUGCCAGUUUGCUUUCUUCCUGCUCUGGGCUACAGGAAAGCUCUGUACCAGCGCUGUGUCAGAGAAGCCCUUUGGUAGCUCUCCUGUUUUUCCUGUAGUUUCUUUGGCCACCAGCAUGGAGGGACCCUGGGUAGGCACCUGGAGACCUCAUCCCCGACGGGGCCCAAUACUUGCAGAAUUCAGCACCCCAGGUCCCAAGUACGGGCUCCCUGGGUCAACAGGUUAUAUAGCUCAUGAUCCCACCAAAGACAGAGCCCCUGCAUACUCAUUUCGAGGGACCAAAGCUCCCUCCGAAGCAACCUGCUCACCAGGUCCUCGAUACUUCAUCGAAUCAUCCAUUACCAAGACUGGGAAGCAGAUGGCUCCAUCGGCACUUGUGACAGCACGUCCGAAGACCAAGAUUUUGGUCACCCCUGGACCCAGUGACUACAUCACAGAUCCUGCCAACAAACACAUCUACUAUACUGCACCCGCGAGUCUCAUGAUGUUCCGGCCCAAGGACUUUAAAAGGUUCCGAACACCAGGUCCUGGCACCUACACCCUGCCAAGGAUUCUGGGACCCCACACAGCGUACACUCAUGCCGAACCGUGCUACUCCAUGAAGGGGAAGAGUAAUUACCAGAGCUGUUUUCAAGACGUGGCAAAGACACCAGGUCCUGCAGCAUUUGAUAGGGUGGAUCUGGACGUCUACAAAACCAGGGCUCCCAAGUACUCAAUGGGACUAAAAACCAAAUUUGCUGGGAAGGAUCGUUUUCCAGGUCCAGCGGACUACAACACAGGAAAGGUUUCACUGACCAAGGCCCGGGAUCCUGCUUACACUUUUGGACUCCGACAUUCUCUCUACAAAGCUGCCUUAAUACCUGCAACACAUUUUGAUUAA